CCUUAGGCAGGCCGCAUCCUUAGCGAAGCUUCAAACCCUAUAGCCUUACGUUAUCGGUUGCACCCCUUUUCAACACAACCAACAACAAAAGCAACAAAGGCAACUGCCUUGCAUCUUGAGGACCCUAAUUAUUAUUAACAUUAUUAUUUGAAGGUUUUGUUUGUAAAUUGUAACUAUAAAGAAAGAAAAAGAAGGAGAAAUCGUUUCGUUGGGGGUAGGGUUUUAUUUGUGAAUGAUUUUAGGGGUGAAACGCAGCUGUAGCGGAGCCAUGGAUGGUAUGGCAAUGGCAGAGUCGACGUCCACGCCUCCUCUAACAUCCAUUGUUGAAGCCUUUGAGGAGUUGGGCAAGUUCCUCCAAUCCCAACAACAACAACAACAGAGGCUAAGUUUGGAUACCUUCUGCCAGGCCUCUUCUCUCGUCUCCAUCCUCUUCAGUUGCCUUGGCCUCGCUUUCAAGUUCGCCGAGAUGGAAUUUUCAAUUUGUUUGGGAUCAAGAUACGCUGCAUUGAUGAUUAUGUUGUAUAUAAUAUGCUGCAGAACUCCGUUUGUUGCUGAUCAUGUUGAUGAUCUUGUGGAAGCAUCAAAGACUUACGACACCUUAGAUAGUCUAAUUGAUAUUGAUGUUGCAAAUGACACAGUAAAAACCCCGGGAAGCCACUCACGUAAUUUGCGCCGAGUUAGGCAGGGCCUUGACCUCAUCAGAGCUUUAUUUGAACAAUUUUUGUCAACCGAUGACUUUUCUUUAAGGGAAGCAGCUUCUACAGCUUAUGCCCAAGUUUGUGCGCCAUACCACAGUUGGACAAUCAGGACAGCAGUUGCCGCCGGCAUGUAUGCUCUUCCGUCAAGGGAUCAACUUCUGGUGAAUCUCGAAGAAACCCACCAGUCAGCAGAGAAGAAGAUGAAAAGGUACAUCCGGGCCUCACGUCCGGUGAUCGAGUACAUCGACAAGCUAUACCUUUCUAGGAGUAUCACCUUGGACUGGUGACUUGAGUCUUCAUCUAUUAUUGUGUAUGCAGCUCUAGUUCGUUAACAGCACUUCUUUUACUCUACAAUGGGCCUGUACAUAAGUGUUAUUACCGUGCUACAAGAGACCUACAUGUUUUAUAGGAGGCUAUUAUUUAGACUGCAAGAUCAAAAAAAUUA